AUGGCCGCCAACAUCCCCGAAAACGACAACCGCUUCCCCAGCCGGGAUUCCUGGAUGCAAUCCUUGCGAGUCGCCCCGUACCGACACAGACAAGGGCUGGAUAACCAGCAUACAAACCACGAUGAGAUGCUGCCCGGGUUUCCAGGCUCCAGAGCAGCCGGUGGUCCCAGCUUGGAGGGGGCAGAAUCCAGGGGGGUGGAACGGCCGGCCGACCUCCGGCAGAAAGGCGCCUUUGUGGGGUUUGCUGUCCCGUACCCCGAGCAGGAGAAUCAGAAUCCGGUACCUGAAAGGGCGAGGAAGCAGGGCCAGGUGCAUCGGCGCCAUACGCGAAGGAAGAGGCUGAAACAGCACCAAGGGAAAGGCUCCAAAUUGAGACCCCGGGCCUUGGUGAAGAAGCCGGGCAGCCUUGUGGACCAUUUUUGGCCCUUCCAUGGGGAAGGGGCUGCAGCUGGCUCGGCCCCCACCUCCCUCCCCAGCCCUGUGCCCCAGAUGUUGACGGAGGACCCCCUUCCUGUCCGGGCCAUCUCCUCCCAGCCCCAGUUCCACCAAUGGCAAGAGGGGGACGUUAUGCCCACCUUGGACAUGACCCUCUUUGACUGGACGGAUUACGAAGACCUGAGGCUGGACCUGUGGACUUCUGACAGGAAAAAAGGGCGGACUGCUAAAAGCGGCAACGAGACCACGUCGGCCGAAGGGGGGGAGUCCUGCGAUCAUCACUUGGACUGCCUCUCAGGUAGCUGUUGUGAUUUGCGCGAACACCUCUGCAAGCUGCACAACCGGGGGCUUAACAACAAAUGUUACGACGACUGUAUGUGCACCGAAGGUCUCCGCUGCUACGCUAAAUUCCACCGGAACCGCAGGGUCGUCCGACGGAGAGGCCGCUGCGUAGAUCCAGACUCUGCGGAUGGCGAUCAGGGGUCCUUCCUUAAUGUCUAG